ACUUCUUAAAUCCCGUUGCCCGCUCUAUGCAAGUCCACUGCAGGGACACACUUGGGAGAGGAGCAAGUCGGAAGGAGACCCAAGAUGGCUCUGGCAGACGGCGGCAAGGGGCUGGUUCUGGGAGCGUUGGCUGGAGUGGCUGGUGUCGGUUUGGCUGUGAUGUGUUACCAGGGCUAUAGUUCACGGCGAAGAGCCUCUUGGGCAGGGCCUAACUCCCUGCCAACGGGUCAGGCUGAGGUGCUGGAUCGCCUCGAGGCCCUGCACCAGUGUGUAUCUGAGCUCAAGGAUGAGAUGAGGGCAUUGAAGAAUGCACUGCCUACACUGCAGGAGCAAGUCAGGGAGGAGCUGAGGGGGCGUGAUGAAGCACGUCGAGCCAGCCCUCUGCACAGGACCACGCCAACACGGAGGAAAAGAGCUGUGGGCGCCAUCAGUAGCACCAGCGCUGAGGCUCGGAGCUCAGAAGAGGCAGAGAGUGAGGGAGGGUAUAUGACUGCUCUGACAGACUCUGACGAUGAAGAGAUAAGUGAUGAAGAACAGAGGGAGGAAGAACAGGAAGAACAGCCUGAGGAUAAGUUAUCUAUUCUCCUUGAGAGGAUCGACUAUUUGCACCAUGGCACUGAAUCCGACAAAAGAGAGAGUCUCAACAUACUUUUGGAACAAAGAGAGGAGUUUGGACAGAACUCGAGGCUUCUCUGGCGGCUGCUCCGAGCUUACUCUGAUGUUCAUGACGUCAGUGCCACUCUGGAGGACAAGAAGACCAUCGCAGAAACUGGGAAGAAAGUUGGCGAGGAGGCGGUGAGCCUGAACCCCACAUGUGCUGACAGUCAUCGGUGGUAUGCCAUCAUGUGUGGAAUUAUGACGGAAUACGACACCGUGCAGAACAAGAUAAAGAACGGAUACAUCUUCAAGGAUCAUCUGGAUAAAGCCAUUGAGCUGAACCCGCAAGACCCAUUGUCCUACUACCUGCUGGGCCGCUGGUGCUACUCGGUCGCUCAGUUGUCGUGGAUUGAAAGGAAAGUGGCGGCCACGUUAUUCGGAGAACCUCCGAGUGCCACAAUUGAAGAUGCACUAACUCAUUUUCUUAAGGCUGACGAGAUCAAACCAGGGUAUUCGAAAGUCAACUAUGUAUAUCUAGCCAAGUGUUACAGAGACCUGGGGCAGCGAGAUAAAGCCAAGACGAUGUGUGAAACGGCUUGUUCCAUGAAUUCUGUCUCCAAAGAGGAUGAAGACGCACAAAAGGAUCUGGAGCUUCUCUGCCCAGCGCUCGGAGUGUGAUGACACAGCUCAGCAGCGCAUUCACUUGGACUUUUAAUCUGUGUGUCUAUGUGUGUAGGUGUGUGUGUCUAUGUGUAGGUGUGUGGUCACAGCGUGUACUGCGGCCCUUAUAUUAAUUCACUCUGUGAGUGGAAGGAGCUGUGGUGUAGCUUUUUAUCACCAGUACGAGCUACAGGAACAGCCACAACCACCCUGUGUUCUUUUAAAUCAGACACUGUGUAGUUAUAUAAACAUCACAUACCUGGUUGUACUAAAUCAGUGAGAGAAUUAUUUCUUCCAUCUCUCUGGAUCCUCACCAAGCCUUUGAGAUGCUUUUUUUGUUGAUUGAAUGGAUAGUAGUGCAUUUAAUUUGAUUGAUAGUCUCUAUAUCUGUUCCCAUCUGGUUCAGCAGCCUGUUGCAUAUCCUCUCUGACAUCUGAUUCCUGCGAGUUUCUAAGACAACAACGUUGUGUCACUUUUUGGGAAAGUGACCCAUGGGACAUGUUGUUCCUUCCUCUUUUGUCCUUUUUUUUCACUGUCUCUCUGUCACUACACAUUCAAGUGGCGAUAACAAAAGCACAUCAGACAAUGGCGCACCCAAACAAAGAUCUCGGCGCGCCAUGACCACUGGAUGACCUGUCGCACUCUGCUGUCGUUCAGACCAGCGUCACAGCUCGCCGGACACUUCCACAUGUGCAUGUUCUGAAACAAUUUGAUCAUGUGGUAAACACGUAGGUGAAUGUGUUCUUUUAGGAUCUCUUUCAUGAGAUGUGAUGUUCUGUGGUUGUUGACUUUGGCAGUGUUUCAUUGCUUGGUUACCUCCUGCUAUUCAGUACCUGUGACAGUAAUGUCACUCUGGGUUAAUUGCAGUUUAUUAAGUGAUCAAACAGGAAGACAAGUGAGAACACUAUUUGCAAUGCGUGUGUGGUUGGGUUUGUAAUGUUUUUCCUGGACCGCUGUUAUGCCCUAUUGAAUUAUUUUUGCUCUGAACUCUUUGUAGGACAGGCAUAUAUCACUAUUGACUUUAAUGACAUGAUAUGUCAUUCCCAAAUUAUUGAAUGAUUCUAUUUUAUGUUUUUAGAAUUUUAAACAAUAAGCACCCUUAGUGGCGUUUUUAAAUAAUAUACCUUUCCGACCCUGUUCAAAUAUUUCAGGAAUGGUUUUCUUCUAGCAUGACGACCUAUAUCCUUUAAUUUUCUACAUGUUCCUCUAUUGAGCUCUGGCUCCUUUACACUCUAUUUUUAAAUAUGUGUAAUUUAAAGCCAUUUUUUUUUAGAUUUGAACUGUUUCAUUUUGAGCGUUUUAUGUAAAACAGAGAGGAGAGCCUUCUUCGGCACACCACUCGAGCUCAAGUUAAAAAAGAGUGUUUGUAGAGGGCUUCUGUUUCACUGUGUUUAUAUACAACAUCUAAUUAACCUGGUUAAGGUUCAAUUUAAGUUUUGCUCAGGUUUCUAUUAAUUUAGAAAACAACCUUGAUAAGUCCACAUGGUUUUUCCAUGAAGUGACAAUAUGUGAUUAUGAAGCCUCAUUAGUACAAUCAAGAACUAAUAUAACAACUAAUAUACGAGGGUGUUUAAAAAGAAACGGGACUGAUUUGCAUGUAUAUUCUCAUUGAAAGUGAGAGUAAGUUAAAUAGGAAAUUCUGGUCUUUUUCAACCUGGGCUCUGUGUUUAUAAAUGUGGGUGUGUUCAUUUUAAAAACCUUUGGAAUCGGUGCGUGGCUACUGGAACGAUUACAAAAAGUUUUGUAAGUACCAUUCAUUUACAAACCUACAUUUAUGAACAUAGGGCCCAGGUAUAAAAAACCCUGAAAUUCUCCUUUAAACUAAUGAAAAAAGAGGCAAAGUUGUUGCUUUAGCAUGAUGUGAUGCGUUCCAGGCUGGAUAUCGCCACUUAUAUAUGAGGUAAUGGUGGAAUAUUUGAUGUUGGUCAUUCCAGAUUAUUAUGUGAAUGUUUGUUGUCAGACUUGUGUGAUGCAUGUUGUAUGAAACCUUAAGUUUUUUUUAUUUUGGAGAUGUUUCUUUUCUUUUUCUAUCAUGUAAAGUCUUCACUAUAUAUUUAAGAUUACUCUAAUUAAGGAUAACUCUAAUUGUAAGAAUUUGUCACUUUACAGAUUUUUCGACGAGCAAUAUGAAUGUAUUUCCUUUUUUUUUUCACAUGCCAAAGCAAAACAUUAAUGAAGACUAUCUGAUAUCUAAUACACUACAUAUAGAUUACACUGUACAGUCAUAGGCAUUGUGCUGUAACUGACAAUUAUUACUGGAGUCUAUAAUUAAAUCUGUGCUGUCCUGA